GGUGAGCUCGGCGAGAUCAGUGCGGAGUAAACCUCGAAUGCCUUGAACUGAAUGGAGCUGACAAUCGUGCCCAGCUGCGUUCGCAUCCUUGCAUGGUGGAACCUUCAAGAGGCCGUCGAAUGGCCUGGAAACACGGGGCGCGGCACGAAGUCAUGGGCGGCGACUCUCACGCAUGAAUUACGAUGCACCUCCCGAAGGAUGUUUACGAUCGAGACCCCAGGAGAUUCGCGAGUGGGCGGCGGCCGAGUGGCGGCCGCAUCUGUCGCUUGGGCCUUUGCACCGCACUGACAAACGUUUGCGACCGGCCGCGCGGAAUCGAGCACCGCCUCUGGGGCGGAAUAUUAAUGUGGGC